UGUGUUGUAUGGACAUACAGUUGUAGGCUUCACAAUGUUGGACACUGAAUUAAUUAACGACGACCCACUUGGCGGGUCUGACACCCAGGACGAAAAUGACGAUGAUGGUGAUAGUACCUCAGAUUUGAAUGAGAUUCGUCAGAGGAACAUGAAAGCGUUGGAGGAAGCGAGGGCCGCAUUGAAGAGUGUUGCCGAUGAAUUCAACAGUCAACUAAGAGAGGACAAUGAAAAGGCAUUAAAGGCCAGGAGGCACUCAAUGGCCGCAGGCGCCCUGAAGAGGCCUAGGAGCCCCAUCCUGGAUAGGAAGUCCACCAGACUCUCAGGCAUGCCGAUAGUGGACUACAGAGGUCUGGAAUUUGACGAGGACCUGAGGGGCAAUCGCCGGUACCGGAAUCCAGAUGACAAUUUAAACAAUCUCCUUUCAAAACUCAAACCUGGAGCUGUGAAGAGAAGGCAUUCCAUUUCGACUGUCAGAAGUUUGCCUGUGACUAUCCUAAACGUCGAGGACGUCACUGAGGAAAUGAUUGCCAAAAUCAAUUACAUGUCAACCAAAAAGAAGUAUGAUCCAGUGAAUGGAAAAUCGUGCCAUCAGUGCAGGCAAAAAACUGCCGACACCAAGUCAGUAUGCAGGUCGGGAUUCUGCAUUGGUGUACGUGGCCAAUUUUGCGGCGCCUGUCUCAAAGACCACUAUGGACAAGACCUGGCUGAAGCUCUGCGUGAUCCUGUGUGGCAGUGUCCCAUGUGCAGGGGUGUGUGCAACUGCUCCUUCUGCAGGAAGAAGGCGGGGAGGGCGCCGCUGGGGCAAAUCUCCAGUUACGUCCGAACCCUCGGCUACAAGAGUGUGCACCACUUUUUGAUGGAGAAGGAAGGGCCUGGUGCACCCGCUGAUCAUGAGAGUGAGGAUGAGGAGAAUGAGGAAAAGGAAAAGGAGGAACUAGUGUUUCCGGUAAAGGAGGCCAAAAAAAUGCCAGACAAGAUUGUUAGCACCCGGCCCUCCAAUCUUUUGACCGUGAAAAUACCAUUUGGCAUGUUCAACAAAAGAGCCAAGACCAGCAAAUCUGAGAAGUCAAAGAAGGCCCCGCUCAGGACCAAGGAGGAAAUGGAGAAGGUCUGUGAGAAAUUCUCUGCCUUCAAGGACGCUGUUGACUCGCCAAAUCCGCAGCUGAUCGUCAGCAUUGGCGCUGAAGUGCCAGUCUCGGAGCAGAAACUGCAGGAAUUAAAGCAGAAAAUUUCUGAAGAACUCGAGGAGGAGUGGAUCUCCGCUUUGAAGGAACCAGGAGACGAGCCAUUCUAUGGGUUUAAAGUCACCACCAUGCAAGAAGACCUGAUUGCACUGUCGAAAAUAGAGUCCCGCCUUCAGAAGUACAAGGUCAAUGAGCUUUUGGCAGAGCACAAAUUCAACGACUUCUUCCAAAAAUCUAGUGAUCCAUGCGACGGCCUAUAGGCUAUCCACAAAUUUUCUAAGUAGAUUGAUCGUUUUCAUAAAUCUGUUAAUGGCUGUUUUUUACCAAUGCCAUUUGUCAAAUGCAUAUAAAUAAACGUAGAAAUUUCAUAAUAAUUU